AGAGCUCGAGCGAGCAGGCAAGCCAACGGAGCUGAGCGCGCGCGCGCUGUGCGCCGGCCUGGGGAACCGAACCAAGAUCGCUCAGGCGCCCCAGGCUGGCAGGAGCGACGGGACCCCCACGCCCUCUGCAGCCGCCCCUCCUCGGGUGCCCUCACCCUGCGUGCACUGCAGAGGUCCCCCGGGCUUCCCCCAAGGAGCUCACCUCCAGGAGCCCGGACCUAAGCGAGCUCCACACGGUCCCCUCCGGAGCCUCCGCGGCGGCCGGGGCAGCAUGGUCCAGCGCCGCGUCCUGACUUUGAUGAACUUCCCCUGCUGCGUGCUGGAGGUGCUUCUGUGCGCGCUGGCGGCGGCGCGCGGCCAGGAGAUGUACGCCCCGCACUCCAUCCGGAUUGAGGGGGACGUCACCCUCGGCGGGCUGUUCCCCGUGCACGCCAAGGGUCCCAGCGGAGUGCCCUGCGGGGACAUCAAGAGGGAGAACGGGAUCCACAGGCUGGAAGCGAUGCUGUACGCUCUGGAUCAGAUCAACAGCGAUCCCAACCUGCUGCCCAACGUGACGCUGGGCGCGCGGAUCCUGGACACUUGUUCCAGGGACACUUAUGCGCUCGAACAGUCGCUCACUUUCGUCCAGGCGCUCAUCCAAAAGGACACCUCCGAUGUGCGCUGCACCAACGGCGAACCUCCGGUUUUCGUCAAGCCAGAGAAAGUAGUUGGAGUGAUUGGGGCUUCGGGGAGUUCCGUCUCCAUCAUGGUAGCCAACAUCUUGAGGCUUUUCCAGAUCCCCCAGAUUAGUUAUGCAUCCACGGCCCCUGAGCUCAGCGAUGACCGGCGCUAUGACUUCUUCUCCCGUGUGGUCCCACCGGACUCCUUCCAGGCCCAGGCCAUGGUAGACAUCGUCAAGGCGCUGGGCUGGAACUAUGUGUCCACCCUCGCAUCCGAAGGAAGCUAUGGAGAGAAAGGUGUGGAAUCCUUCACGCAGAUUUCCAAAGAGGCAGGUGGGCUCUGCAUUGCCCAGUCCGUGAGAAUCCCCCAGGAGCGCAAAGACAGGACCAUCGACUUUGACAGGAUUAUCAAACAGCUCCUGGACACCCCCAACUCCAGGGCCGUCGUGAUUUUUGCCAACGAUGAGGAUAUAAAGCAGAUCCUCGCAGCAGCAAAAAGAGCGGAUCAAGUGGGCCACUUCCUCUGGGUUGGAUCCGACAGCUGGGGAUCGAAAAUAAACCCACUGCACCAGCACGAAGACAUCGCAGAGGGGGCCAUCACCAUCCAGCCCAAGCGAGCAACUGUGGAAGGAUUUGAUGCGUACUUUACAUCCCGCACCCUCGAGAACAACAGAAGAAAUGUGUGGUUUGCGGAAUACUGGGAAGAAAACUUCAACUGUAAAUUGACAAUUAGUGGAUCCAAAAAAGAAGACACAGAUCGCAAAUGCACAGGGCAGGAGAGAAUUGGCAAAGAUUCCAACUAUGAGCAGGAGGGGAAAGUUCAGUUCGUGAUCGACGCUGUUUAUGCCAUGGCCCACGCCCUCCACCACAUGAACAAGGACCUCUGUGCAGACUACCGGGGCCUGUGCCCAGAGAUGGAGCACGCUGGGGGCAAGAAGCUGCUGAAGUACAUCCGCAAUGUGAACUUCAACGGAAGUGCUGGCACCCCGGUGAUGUUUAACAAGAAUGGAGAUGCACCUGGGCGCUAUGAUAUCUUCCAGUACCAGACAACCAACACCACCAACCCGGGUUACCGCCUAAUUGGGCAGUGGACGGACGAACUUCAGCUCAAUAUCGAAGACCUGCAGUGGGGCAAGGGCGUGCGGGAGAUCCCCUCAUCCGUGUGCACGCUGCCCUGUAAACCAGGCCAGCGGAAGAAGACGCAGAAAGGCACCCCUUGCUGCUGGACGUGUGAGCCUUGCGACGGGUACCAGUACCAGUUCGAUGAGAUGACGUGCCAACACUGCCCCUACGACCAGCGGCCCAACGAGAACCGCACGGGCUGCCAGAACAUCCCCAUCAUCAAGCUGGAGUGGCACUCGCCCUGGGCCGUCAUCCCGGUCUUCCUGGCCAUGCUGGGCAUCAUCGCCACCAUCUUCGUCAUGGCCACCUUCAUCCGCUACAACGACACCCCCAUCGUCCGGGCGUCGGGGCGCGAGCUCAGCUACGUGCUGCUGACGGGCAUCUUCCUGUGCUACAUCAUCACCUUCCUGAUGAUCGCCAAGCCCGACGUGGCCGUGUGCUCCUUCCGACGCGUCUUCCUGGGCCUGGGCAUGUGCAUCAGUUACGCGGCCCUGUUGACCAAAACCAAUCGGAUUUACCGCAUCUUCGAGCAAGGUAAGAAAUCGGUGACGGCCCCGAGACUCAUCAGCCCCACCUCCCAGCUGGCCAUCACGUCCAGCUUGAUAUCCGUCCAGCUGCUCGGGGUUUUCAUUUGGUUCGGCGUCGACCCGCCCAACAUCAUCGUGGACUACGAGGAGCACAAGACCAUGAACCCCGAGCAGGCCAGGGGCGUCCUCAAGUGUGACAUCACCGACCUGCAGAUCAUUUGCUCCCUGGGGUACAGCAUCCUGCUCAUGGUGACAUGUACAGUGUACGCCAUCAAGACCCGGGGUGUCCCGGAGAACUUCAACGAGGCCAAGCCCAUCGGCUUCACCAUGUACACCACCUGCAUAGUGUGGCUGGCCUUCAUUCCCAUUUUCUUCGGCACGGCGCAGUCCGCGGAAAAGCUCUACAUACAAACUACCACGCUUACAAUCUCCAUGAACCUAAGUGCGUCCGUGGCUCUGGGAAUGCUGUACAUGCCGAAAGUGUACAUCAUCAUUUUCCAUCCUGAACUCAAUGUCCAGAAACGGAAGCGAAGCUUCAAGGCGGUUGUCACGGCAGCCACCAUGUCAUCGCGGCUGUCACACAAACCCAGUGACAGACCCAACGGGGAGGCAAAGACAGAGCUCUGUGAGAAUGUAGACCCCAACAAGUAGCCACAGAGGACCCUUGUUUUCACUGGGACAACUAGAGAGCCAUCUUCCAACUGAGUUGAUGCUGAGCCAACCCCAACACUGUGGAGAACAAGAGGGGAGUUAGCAUCCCCAUUCACAGAGAAAAUCUGGAGAUUCCAAUGUAACCUUCUUCUUUCUGGUCUCUUGUAUGCCUUUUCUUUCUGUAUGCUACUCAAUAAAGUAUGAGAGAAUCAA